CGCAAGUUCUCGACCGACAUGCGCACCAAAAAAAAUAAGUCCGACCGCGACGACCCUCAUCAAAAAGUCCGCCCGCUACUACUCCAUACAACCUUCUCACAACGAGACUAAAAUUUACUGCCACAGUGAGGCAGAAGCUGAUUAUAGUUUUAAGAUUUUUAAUGGCCAACAUCUGCAUUGUAACUGUGAUUCAAGUUUCUUGCGAAAAAAAAAUUGAGCAGCUUGACCGCAAAGCCAGAUCAAUACUCUUGGUUUCUGUACGACGUGCACUAUUUUUGAGAUGUCAGUCGAUAAUGAUGUUGUUAUAGUCGGCGCUGGCCCGGUUGGUCUCACCAGUGCCCUGCUUCUUCAGAAAAUGGGCCACAGAGUACGGGUCUAUGAGCGCCAUGCCCAGCAAUACGCGCAACCACGAGCGGUAUUUCUUACUCAUCAAGCCAUACGAAUGUUCCGAGCGCUUGGAGUUCUGGACCGAAUGAUGGAAACGCAAGCAGUACAAGAUCUCCACGGCCGUGUCAGCGAUGUAGGAACUUUUGUUGACGCCGAAGGCCGGACUCUGAGCGAGCAGCAAUUGAACUCAUCUCAUUCCAAGUCAGGGACGGCUGGCGCCUUCGCAAUAUAUCAGCCCGGCGUCGAAGAAGUGCUAGAAGAGACCUGUCAAGAACGUGGCGUCCAAGUUCAUCGAUCCACCGAAGUCAGAGAUAUUGUUGACCUGGGUCGCUACAUGGAAAUCAGCAUCGCCAAACUAGGCAAUGACAAAGCGACGCCAACUUCCACGAAUACUGUCACAGCAUUUUUUGUCGUUGGCUGCGACGGUGCAAAAAGCAUAGUUCGUGGAUCUAGUAAAAUGGGCUGGUUCGAAUAUGAAGCCGCCAGCUCACGAUGGUUGGUGGUCGACAUCAUUCCUACUGUGCCCGGAGCUAUGUCUCAGUGGAAGGAUAACUCUGCUCCUAAGCAAAUCCUUGAUCCCAAACGCCCGCGGUCUUCCGUGCCAUCCCAGUUAACGAGAAGGCGGUUCGAAUUUAUGGUUUUGCCCAACGAAUCGACCGAAAUAGCUAUGACGGACGAGUUUGUCUGGGAGAUGGUAGGGUUAUUCGACUGUAGGUCAGACACCGCUGCAAUAGAACGAAGGACCGUUUAUUCUAUUUGUGGAGGCUGGGCGGAGUCAUUCGCAAAGGGCCGUGUUGCACUGGCAGGAGAUGCCGCUCAUCUUGCUCCUCAGUUUCUCGGACAAGGGUUGAAUUCUGGCCUCCGGGAUGCAAAAUCCAUGGCAUGGCGCCUUGAUUUCGCGCUCCGACACCCAGAGAAUAAUUGGUCGCGGAUGAUGAGUGAUUACUCUACCGAGCAGCUUGGAAUCACAAAACAAUUCGUGAUUGCGGCAAAGGCUAUCGAACAUCUGAUUGCCGUGAGCGACCCCGAGGAAGCUGAGAAACGAGAUGCAAUGUUCAGAGGGGGCUUGCAACUCCCACGUCCGAACCUUGAAAGGGUAGGCACGGCGGGAAUGCACCUCGGAGAGGUGGAUACAGCAUAUCCUCCUUCAUGUGAACCUGGGACUCUAUUUAUUCAAGACAAAAUAGAAAAGGAUGGGAAGAUAGGAUUCUUUGACAAUGUGGUUGGCGACGGAUGGGUUUUGAUCGCUAACGAAACAAUCGAUCUCGCAGCCGCAAUGACCAUACCAACUCGCGAGGCGUUUAGCAAACUUUUGGGGGGGCAUUUAGUUAAUUUCUCUGCUGAAGGAGGCUACGGGGACGUAUCUGGGAGAUACAGAGAAUGGUUUAGUGACAGCAAUGUAGUGGCUGUACUGGUAAGGCCUGAUUAUUAUAUCUAUGGAACGGCUAAUACCCAGCGCGACAUUGAAGCUGUUGUAAGGAGAGCGAUUGACUACAUAUCCUAAAAUAAAUAUUUAUUUAUGUAAGGUAUCCAAGACUACAUAUAUUAGCUAUAAGAUGCUC